CAUUGGUGGUGGGCGCGGCUGGCGGCCGGGGGCGUGGGGCCUAGUGUCCGCCGGAUCCCCGCGGGUACGCCGGCCCGACCCGCGUCAAGUGGCUCGGCCGAGGACCCCCGCGGUCUCCGAGGAGCUGUGGUCGGGCUGUGCAGCGGGAGCGGUCGUGAGUCUAGCCUCUGUACGAAGCUGAAAUCCAUCACCAACAUUCAAAAAUGCAAUGGAAUCUACCACGGACUGUGUCUCGGCUGGCACACAGGACAUGCUUGGAACCACAGAAAACUGGUCUCUUUGGACACCGCCAGAACUUAAAGGGACCAUUACUUUUGAAUAACACUGAAUCUAAAGUAGUUUGGGUUGAAGAUCCUCAAAAGCAAUGGCUCCACUUACCUGCUGCCCAGUGCCUUGCAAAGGAGAGGAAGUCAUCGGGUACUCAGAUACCCCGACAGGGGGUCCUUCGCCAAGAACAGUGGGAGCAGGUGGUUUUGUCCAAGAGGGUUUUGUCGUCCAGUGCCACAGGCAAAGGGACUCCUUCAGAAAAAAAGGAAGAGCUUGAUCCUUUACAAGACAAAUCUAUUAGUCUUUAUCAGCGAUUUAAGAGAACAUUGAGGCAAUAUGGGAAAGUUUUGAUUCCUGUGCAUCUAAUAACUUCUGGUAUUUGGUUUGGAACAUUUUAUUAUGCAGCCAUAAAAGGAGUGAAUGUCAUUCCUUUUCUGGAGUUCCUCGGGCUGCCUGACAGCGUCGUGAACAUCCUGAAAAACUCCCAGAGUGGAAAUGCCCUGACGGCAUAUGCCAUGUUCAAGAUUGCAACACCCGCGCGCUACACCGUGACCUUGGGAGGAACCUCCUUUACCGUGAAGUAUUUGCGCAGUCAUGGAUACAUGUCCACACCACCCCCUGUCAAGGAGUAUCUACAAGACAGGAUGGAAGAGACCAAGGAGCUCAUCACAGAGAAAAUGGAAGAGACCAAGGAUAGACUCACUGAAAAACUACAUGAAACCAAAGAAAAAGUUUCUUUUAAGAAAAAAGUGGAAUAGGGUGCCUUGUAUAACAAAUUAUAGAAAGUUCCUGCACUUUAACCCUCUGAAGACUUUGGGCAAAGAUAACAAGCUUCUGAUUAUUUUUUGAUUAGUUGCCUAAGUAGACCAGUUCUCUGAGGGUUAAAGAAUUAAGAUACCUUUUUAAAGUUUUUAAAGUUAAAUAUCCUACAAAAAUCAGUGUUUAAGAGGAAGAAAUGAGCCUAGUAUAGGAUUGUAUAUCAGUGGCAGAAGGAAGCAGUGGCUACUGUUUUAGAAUCCAGGGUUCUCUUCCUGGGUCUUCAGGAUCUCUCUGCUUCAUGUUCUCCAGUGUGUGCAGACCAGACCGUUGCCUUCUUGAAUAACCGUGGCCCGUAGGCAGAGUGCUGAUACUGGGGCUUAGUCUUUGUGUUAUUCAUUAAGGUUUUAACUAUAUUCAGUUCUCUGUGGAGACAGACUUGCACCUGUGAAUAGGAGGGUAUUAGACUUUCUAUGAAAAAGAUCUAAAGUUUACUUACUAGUUAAAAAUAUAAUCUUAUAUGAAGAAAGUGGAAUAAAAAUUGAGUCCUAUAUGUAAAUAAGAUGAAUUGGUUACAUAUAAGUGAAAAAUGGACCCUUUCGAGAUGAUUUUUACCUGAAGCUUGUCAAAAUCACUUUUUUAAAGCAAUUAUACAGCCAAAAUGCUUUUUCAAAAUUGGGUAUUGGUUGUGGUCACUUAGAAUAUCACUUUCCAGUGAAUCACUUCCUGUCGUCUUUACCUAAUCUUUCAAGGAGAAUUGAAGGUUUUAUUAAGUUUAUGGUUGAAAUCAGAUCUUCUUCAAUAGCAUCUCAGGCUCAUGAUUCCCAGCAGGGAGAGAUUUGUGAGACCACAGGUGAGACCAGGAUACUGUGGGGACAGCACUGCCCCUGGGCCAGAGGGGCCUCCUCCCAGAAAGGUAGUGCGACCUCCCAGUAUCCAGUCUCAGAGCUGGUGUUGAUUUCAUAUGGAGUGAAUCUUACAGUUGUGGCUGCUGCUUUCUCUCACAUUGAAGGAAAAUACCCUUGCUUUAGUGUUCUACUUGAUUGUUUUAUAGCAAAUCUAUCACUAUCAUUAAACUCUUUGCUUAGAAUGAAA